GAAUAUUCCACUAAGAUUGUCACGACAGCGAUACGCGACGGCCAUGAGGCUAGACCGAAGGGGUGUCGCCCCGACCAGGGUCAUUUCGCCCCGUCUCUAUAGGUUAAAGCACAACUACAUGGGAUAAUGGCAGAAUUGACGCUAAUUGGUAUUUUCUACGAUCACCGAUGCUCGAUGGAGCAAUGAGGAUUCACUAUACCUCCAGGUCUCAUGCCAAGUGUUUCUAUUCCUAAUUAAUGAGCUAGCUCAGCCCUCAAGCUGUAUCUUCAAGAAUGGCAUCCUUGACGGGUUUUAUCUCGACAUCAUCGUUAACAUAUAACAUUGUAAAAUGUCUGCUGUAACUAUACUACGUAGAGCUUCAUAAAUCCUCGUCGCGAUGGAGUCUAGGGCUGAGACAAGGGAGCCCCCCCAGCGACAAUUGACCGAGCCGGCAAUCAAUCCUCGGCGCGCGACAGUGUCCAAAGUAAAAGAGAAACCCACAUUACGAUAUCGAAAAACGCCGACUUUCCUACUGAUCAUAUACCUACCGACCUUAAUUGUACCAUGGGUACUCAUAUGUAUCAUGACGAAGCGGCCACUGGGGAGUUCCUCUUACUAUGACCAGACGGGUACUCAUUAUGUGGACAAUGCAGCAGGUUUCUUGGUUACACAGCUACUAAAAGCCAUCAACGCAGUCUUGGCAGUGCCUGUCAUCUCAACGCUCCUAGCCAAUGCUGCUAUCGUUUAUGCCAUGCGCCGACGGCCUGAUCAAAAACUCAAUGUGCAGCAGUUAUUCGCUCUCGCGGAUAAAGGAUGGUCUAACUACCUCCUUUUAUUGAACGCUAACUCACAUGGUAGAGGUAGCCGAUUUUUGUGGUUAGCAGCGCUUCUUGUUAUAAUAGCUGCCAUCUUACAACCCUUGAUCUCAGUACUAGUCACGUUUGAGGCAGUUGCAGCAACAUCAUGCCUUGAUAUACCUUACAAGUACUGCUCCGAAUUUGGACCAGUGACUAUCGGCUUCGAUCCGGAACCGGCCGAUAUGGCUUUUCUACAGCGCGACCUUGUCCUGCAAGAUGUCUUGGGCCGUUUGGUCACUGCAUCUGAUACAGAGCCCCAGCCGAACUUAUGGCCCGUCAAUCCAGAUUCAACGGACUGGAUAGACGGUUAUACGCACCCGCCCUACAGGCGAAUGUUCACGCCCUAUUCGACCAAGUUCGGAAGCAAUCCCGAUGGGUUUUUCGUUUCAGCACUGGAGAAUGGAACCAAUACGGGUGUACUGCGUGAACACGCCAUACGACUAAAUUCUUCGGUACACUGCGAGCUUAUCUCACCGUCUGAUGUACCAUAUCCAUGCCCAGGUGCGCGGCCUCUAGAUAUACACCUCGAUCGCCUAGGGCUUAAGCUCGACGUUUGCGCGCCGGGGAACGCGAGCCAAUUCCCUUUCACGCCUAGUCGCAACCGCCAGGAUAUUACCGAAGAACUAUACAUCCACCUAGAAGCACCGGAGGACUUGACUAGGCUUCGGGAUAAUUUUACUGUCCACUGCACCGCAUCGACAACUAGGGGGUACUUCGAACUCGGCAAUGAACAGAACAAGUACGUUUACGGCCCGCUGCUGGAUAAAUGGCCCGACCCCGACGAUAUCGCAAAUAAUUUCAAUGACUUUCGGGGUACAGCUGCGGAUGAUGCGCGUCCUACAGAAGAGGACCUAUCUUCGAUAAGGGAUAAAUACAACCUCUUUCUACCAGGCGAGCAAUCAAUCGGCUUACCCUUCACCGACUUCGGCACCGAAAAAAGCUCCUGGACUCCAGGCCCUUUGAUGGUAUCCGCCGAAGUCCUCUUCGGGAACUACUCGUUCCUCCAAUUCCUCACCGACAACUCAACCUCCACCACCCCCGUGCAAGCUUUUGCGGCAAUGUGCGAGCACGGCAGUAUCCCAUUCUCACAAAUCCUAGGCAUCAUCCCAUUUGACGGCGGUCCAGCAUCUUACUGCGCCAACAUCGCGAAUAUCGUGAAUAGUAAAACUAGCAUGGGUAGUUACGACAACGAUAUAACCCUCAUAGCAGCUUCGCACGCGCGUAUAUUCAAUAACACGGAGUACGCCGAGUACGCGCUGAUGAUCAGCAUGUACUUCGCGAACCGAGCCGUUCUUACGAAAACCGUAAUAGCCGAGCAACCGUCUUUUGGCGUUCGCCCGAUUUAUUAUUCUCCUGGUACGGUUAUGGCAAGACCUACUAUGGCUACCGCAAGUAUGGUCGUUCUUACAAUCCUGAUUUUCCUGCAGGUGGUGGGAUUGGCGGUUGUUACUUGGUUGAUAUACUCGGUGCCUACUUGGGCGGCGGCGUUUGAUGCUAUGGAGGUGGCGAGGAUUGGGAAGGCGUUGAAGGACAGUGAUUUACCGCCGCUCGGACCGGUGUCGCGGAAGGAUGAAGAGAGGUUGACCAGGAUUGAUGCGUUGAUAGGUACGGUUACUAAGGAGGGAGGUCGCGAUGUGGAAGAAGAGGGCGAGGCGAGAGAUGGACAGGUUGAAGUGCCGCUGAUGGAGAAAGACCGCGUACAGUUGGCGCUUGGUGGGGAAGGACCGAUUACUCGUCAAACGUUUCGAAAGAAGAAGGCAGUAGAUAUGAUUCCUACCUGACGCGAAUAGUAUCGCUAUCUAUGCUACGGUUUCGAGGUGCCAUAAUGAUAUAGAUGAACC